CCCCUCGCGCAGGCGCGCCGCAGCGGGCGGAGGAUCCGGGCCGCGCUUCCUCUCACUAGGCCUGCGAGCUUCCUCCCAUCGGAGCCCGGGCGAGCUGAGGUUGGCCGCCGCCGCCGAGCCUGCUGCCUUCCUUGCUCUUCCGCGCCACCCUGCGCCCUGCCCCGGGGGAUCCCACCGGGGGGCUCCGAGCAGGGUCAACCCGGGCCGCGCCGCCGUCGGGGCCGUCCCCGGGCCAGCCGUCCCUCCCGCCUGGCCAGCCUCUGGCCGCCCAGCCUCCGGGGUGUGGGGCUCAGGCAAGCCCCGCGAGCGGCGAUCGAACGCCCGGGGCGGCCCCCGGCGGCGGCGCGACGUCCCCAAACCGAACCUCCGUGGCCGCGUUCGGAAGCGGAACUCUGCCGGGGCCGCGCCGGCUACAUUGUUUCCUCCCCCCGGACUCCCUCCCGCCCCCUUCCCCCGCCUUUCUUCCCUCCCCGCCUGGGGCUGCGCGGCAGUCCCCCUGCCUGUCUGGCUCUCCUUCCCUCUCUUUUCGCAUCCAUACACCUCUUUGUACCGCACCCCCUGGGGACCCCUGCGCCCCUCCCCUCCCCCUUGGCCGCAUGGACUGUCCUGCAGGCCACUGAUGCCGCCCUCGGUGAGGAGGCCUGGACCGCAGUGCCCCCAGAGAGUCAUUAGGAUUGGACGAGCCAUGAAGUGCCAAGGAUAAGGCCUGACACUGACUCUCAUGGUACCAAGUAACAGAUCGGCCUUCCUGUAGCACGGGGACGCCAGACCGCAGAAGAUGUCGGCAAUACAGGCCGCCUGGCCAUCCGGUACAGAAUGUAUUGCCAAGUACAACUUCCAUGGCACUGCUGAGCAAGACCUUCCCUUCUGCAAAGGAGAUGUGCUCACCAUCGUGGCCGUCACCAAGGACCCCAACUGGUACAAAGCCAAAAACAAAGUGGGCCGCGAGGGCAUCAUCCCAGCCAACUAUGUCCAGAAGCGUGAGGGUGUGAAGGCAGGCACCAAACUCAGCCUUAUGCCCUGGUUCCACGGCAAGAUCACCCGGGAGCAGGCCGAGCGGCUUCUUUACCCACCAGAGACAGGCCUGUUCCUCGUGCGGGAAAGCACCAACUACCCUGGGGACUACACACUGUGUGUGAGCUGUGAAGGCAAGGUGGAACACUACCGCAUCAUGUAUCAUGCGAGCAAGCUGAGCAUUGAUGAGGAGGUGUACUUUGAGAACCUCAUGCAGCUGGUGGAGCACUACACCACAGAUGCUGAUGGACUCUGCACUCGCCUCAUCAAACCAAAGGUCAUGGAGGGCACCGUGGCGGCCCAGGAUGAGUUCUACCGCAGUGGCUGGGCACUGAACAUGAAGGAACUGAAGCUGCUACAGACAAUAGGGAAGGGGGAGUUUGGAGAUGUGAUGCUGGGGGAUUACCGGGGCAACAAAGUUGCAGUCAAGUGCAUCAAGAAUGACGCCACUGCCCAGGCCUUCCUGGCUGAAGCCUCCGUCAUGACGCAACUUCGGCACAGCAACCUCGUCCAGCUACUGGGUGUGAUUGUGGAGGAGAAGGGCGGGCUCUACAUCGUCACAGAGUACAUGGCCAAGGGUAGUUUGGUGGACUAUCUUCGAUCACGUGGUCGUUCGGUGCUAGGUGGAGACUGUCUCCUCAAAUUCUCACUAGACGUCUGUGAAGCCAUGGAGUACCUGGAGGGUAACAAUUUUGUGCACCGGGACUUGGCUGCCCGGAAUGUGCUGGUGUCUGAAGACAACGUGGCCAAAGUCAGUGACUUUGGCCUCACUAAGGAAGCCUCCAGCACUCAGGACACAGGCAAGCUGCCAGUCAAAUGGACAGCGCCUGAAGCCUUGAGAGAGAAGAAAUUUUCCACCAAGUCUGAUGUGUGGAGUUUCGGAAUCCUUCUCUGGGAAAUCUAUUCCUUCGGGCGAGUGCCUUACCCAAGAAUUCCCCUGAAGGACGUCGUCCCUCGGGUGGAAAAGGGCUAUAAGAUGGACGCUCCGGAUGGCUGCCCGCCCGCAGUCUACGAGGUGAUGAAGAACUGCUGGCACCUGGAUGCUGCCACACGGCCCACCUUUCUGCAGCUUCGGGAACAGCUCGAGCACAUCAAGACCCAUGAGCUGCACCUGUGACCUCUGCCUCCACCUAGGCCAUGGGCCGGCAGGGACAGGGCCUCGGAGAUCACAGAUCCGGUGCCCUGCUGCUUGCUGGGCCUGAACUUGAACUGAGCCCCAGCCGGCUGGUAGGCCUCUUGCCUCUGACCUGCCUGUCCCUUCUGGCCCCCAGGGACCCCACCUAGGCCUGGCAUCUUCUCUCAUGGACCCACCUGUAGGGCUUGGGGUGCCCACUGAAGGGGCUGAGGAAAGGAGGCCAAGGAGCAGGAGGAGCGCCCCGCGCUGGCCUCCUCAAGGCUCCACCAUUCGCCUUCUUAGAGUUUUAUUCCUUUCCUUUUUUGAGAUUUUUUUCCGUGUGUUUAUUUUUUAUUAUUUUUCAACAUAAGGAGAAAGAAAGUACCCAGCAAAUGGGCAUUUUACAAGAAGUACGAAUCUUAUUUUUCCUGUCCUGCCCCUGGGGGUGGGGAGGAAUCAGCCUCUCUCUAGGGACCCAUCACCCCAGCCUGUCCCCCAUCCCGUGUUCCAUGUCCAGUGUUGCCUCGGUCGCCUGUGUUUGCGCUUGACCAUGUUGCGCUGUUUGCAUGUGCCCAAGGCAGGCGUCUGUCGGGGGCUUGGAUUUCAUGUGCUGUGGCCGCUCACCCACACCGCCUUGUGAGAUGGAAUCAAUAAACCGCUCCAUGAGGACACCGCCA